UUUUAGGAUGGCGGUCAUUUUGAACUAUAUUUCACUGCGAUAUGUCUAAGAAUUUUUAGGACAAACUUAAGGAGUUAUCAGAUAACUAAAAAUGAUAAUACUGUAUGAUUAUCAAAUUUUCUUUUAAUCUUUGAAUUCUUUUGGUAAUAAAUAUAACUGACAAUGAAAACUUCAAAUUUAUACGAUGUAAUUUUCUAAUUUAAUAGAGCGACAUCAAUGGACAAAAAAUUGUUAAUUACCAUAUAUCGUUAUAUCAUAAUCUACUUUAUCAUAUAGUAGUAUCAUUUUUAAAAAAAGUUCCCUACAAUUAUCUUAUAACUCAAAAACAACAAGCCGGUGCAAGUUUGUGUUGGAGUUAUUUUUGUUCUUUCUUUCUUUUUUGUAAAUUUCAUAUUCAAUUAUUAAUUUAUAUGAGUGAGUUUUCAUGCAUUGUUUUCCAUCUAUUAAAUAAUAAUUGUUGAAAGUGUAAAUUUUUAAGAAAAACGAUCAAGGAAAUGAUAUGUCUGGAAUUGAUGAUUUUGAUAUUGAUGAGGAUUUUUUACGAGAUAUAGAAGAAAAGGAAGAAUUAUAUUUCACUCAAUGCACUCAAGCAAAUAAGCGUCCAAGAUCAACUUCACCAAAAGUCACUAAUGAAUCUGUUUGUGAAGAUGAUCCCACAUCAAAGAAAUUUCGAUCUAUUAACCAAGGUAAUGAAACAAAAUCUAUUGAAGGAAAAUUAUCGAAAAAGAAUUUAUUGUUCGAUAUUUUGGAAUCGGACACAUCAAUUAUCAUUGAACAAACAUUAGUAUCAUCAAAACCAUCUACUUCAGACGUUGAAACAACUUCAAUUUAUCAAGCAAAAUCCAAUCAAUCUAAUACUGCAUUAUCGUCGAAAAAAAAAAUGUUACUGGAUCUGAUAUCUGAGGAAUUAUCAGAUAUUAAUGAACAAAGGUAUGAAGAGUCUCGACAACUACAAAGACCUUUAAAAUCUAUUUCUAUAAAUAAUCAUAGUACAAAAAAUAAAAAAAACCAUUUAAACAAAUCAAACUUUGACUUUAAAAGUCCACAACGAUCUAAUUUUAAACAUCCUGUGAGCUCACAACCUCAAACUCAAAUAUUUUCUACACCAAAGCUACCUAAAACAGUUGUGAGAAAAUUUCCAGGACCAGCAGGUCUUCUUCCCGAUAAUAUAGAGGACGCAGAUGAAAUUGAUAAUGAGCAAAUCUUUGAAGAAAUCUCUAAUUAUAAUGAAAGCAAUACUUCUAAACAUAAAACUUCACCAACGAAUCUCUGUUCACAGGACACAAAAAAAGUAUUUUGUGAUGGUGCUUGGCAAUUAAUGCUGAACGAUUUACCUAAAAAUUUCUUAAAAGGUUAUAAUAUUUCAUCAAUAAAACGUAUGAAACGUCCAAAAAAAAUCUCAUUACUUGCUGCAAUAAUUCAUAAAAUUGAUCUAAAUGCAGAGCAUCCAAGAGUUAUGCUUAAAGACAUUUCUGAUUCAAUUGAGGGAAUGAUGCACAAAGAUAUUUUUAUAACUUAUGAAGAUGUUUUGAAAACAGGAGUUGUUGUUUUAUUACAGAAUGUAGGAUUAUUAAAUUAUAAAGGAACCCAAACAUCGUCAAAAGAAUCAUUAGUCAUGAUUAGACCUGUGAGUAUAAUGGGUAUUUAUUCAGAUACAUCAAGACUCAUUACAACACCUGCUUUAGAAGAAAUUUUAAGAUCUAAUCCUAAUUACAGAGAAAGAUCGAAUAAUUCUUAUAUCUCAAAUGAAUCUAGAACUGCAAUAUUAGAGUCGCUUGAUACCACUCGAUCAAAAUCACAAACUCAAUCGCAAUCUGAUAAUAAGAUGAUUAUUACUUCUUCUCAUGAAAAGAUUUCAAGAGUUAAUUCUGAUAAUCAAAAAAAAUCAACAAAAUCUCCAGCUUUAAGUGGAUCUCGAGCUCAACUAUUACAAUCGCUUGGUAUCGAUCUAUCAAGCUCACAGUCGGAUAUUCAACAAAUUCAUGAAGAUUAUCAAGAAAUUGAAAAUAUUGAUCCGACUGAAAGAGUAGAUUAUUCACAAGACAUCAGAAUUUUAAAUGCAGAUGACGCUUUCAAUUCUUUUAAUAUUGAUAAUACUAUUAACAGUGAAAUUUCAUUGAUAGAAUCAAAAGAAGACGAUUUUGUGGCAGAGUUACACUCUGAGGAUAAAAAUAAUAGCAUAAAUAAUUCAAGUGAAGAAAAAAGUGAUCAGCUGGGUGAUUCGACCGGGAAUGUGUCUGCUGGAUUUGCAGACCAUCUUUUUGAUGAUGAUUCUAAUGAUAUGGAUGAUACAGAUGAAAUCAUAUCACAAAUAGAUGUUGAAGCGUUUGAAAGUAACUAUCCAAGAACGUGACAUUGUUUUAUAUAGUUUAAAGUCCUGUGCGAGCGCUGUGUAAAUAUGAUAAUAUAUAGGUUAUCUAUUCAAAUACUUCUCAUUAUCAAAAAUUAUUUUCUUUAAUAAUUUAUUUUUUUUAUUUAGAUUUAUAAGUGAUAUGAUUAGUUGUUUAGUCAGCAAGACAAAAAAUAUAUAAUUAUGUAUUAUAUAUUAUGUUAAAUAAAAGCCAAAAUGUAUCAUUAAGAAAUAGAACUAUUGUGAACAAGUUAAAUUUGGCUUUAAUUUUUUAAAUCUAAUUUUGCAUAAUUUUACGAUUGAUAAGAUUUUUAUCAUUAUCAAACAAUUGUAAUUGACUUUAAGUACAUUACCAUGAUAAUUUCCUCAUUGACAAUAAUUUACGUUUGAGUUAGUACAAGCUUUACAAUCAUUUGUGCAAUGACACAUGAAUAAUCAGUUCAAUCACAUGGUAAUUGUUGAGAUAAAUAAUUCCCCUUUUCUGUGAUUUAUUAUUUUUCUUAUAAUUUUUUUUUCAGUGUACACACUAACUAGCAAUUCUAGCUCAAACUGGUGCGAAUUUCUAUUGCAAACAAAUAAAAAUUUUCUCAGAAAAUAAAAGUGUGAUAAAAGUAUUUUAUUCGUUUUUGUAAAAUUGAAUUAAAUUAUUAGUUUAUCAAAAUUAUCUAACUCUUCUAUUACUAUUGUCACAUUUGAUAUUAUUUAAGUUACUUUCUAUCAUAAACAUCAAGUUCAAUAAUAAUAAAACCUGAAAUUUAAUGAGAGUAGAAAGUUAGUCUGCAACAUGAGAUUAAUUAAGAUGGUCUAUUAAAAUAUAAUUGAUUAAUAAUUACAUUUUGAAGUAAACAUAAAAAUAAUAUUUAAUGUAGCCAUAUGUUAAUAACUAAUACCAAUUCAAAAAGUGAUUUGCUGGUCAGAUUUGAUGUUGCACGGAAAUGAUGUAACUAGAAGUGAUAAAUUCAUACUUAAGAAAUGCGAUUUUAAUGGCUCUGUGCUUCAUGAAGAUGUGAGAGACUUAUACAAGAUAUUACAUAAAAAUAUCAAAAAAUCAAUUAUCAUUGUGGUAAUUAACUGUCCUAAAUUUUUACCUAUUUCAUCUUAAACGUUUUGGUAAAGGUCAAAAUAUUUUAUAGAUAGAAAAAAUAAUUUCAUCAAUACAUGAAAAAUAUGUCAUUUAGUUAGCAUUUUUUGGAUUAAGUAAUAAUUGUUGAUGUUGCAACAGUACUUCCGUGUUAUAAUUUGAUUACAGAAUAAUUGACGGAAACAAUAAAGAGUGUUCCAUAUUUUCAAUUUGUUCUGGUACUUUUUUCGUAUUAAUAAUGAUUCACAUUUGAGAACAAUAAGUUUUAAAAUAAAUGUGAGCUAGGAAAUUAUUCAUAUAAAUAAAUUAUUUGAAUAAAUAAGUAAAAAUCCGGUUUAUCGGUCACUGGCUUAUGUCAUCAAUCGAUGGAUCGAUAAAAUUGCAACUGCCUGUGAUUAUAGUUCCGGAAUAACUGGGAGCGACUCCCUAGGCUAUCAUAGGGUUGAUCCAAGGUUGAUCCAAUGUAGAUAUACAUUAACGUAACUUUUUGUUCCUCCACACGUGGAUGAUGCGGUUUAGCCUUAAAAAAAAAAUUCAAUCAGUAUAAAUGUUUCUUUUCUGCAUGCUAUAAAGUGUUUCUUUUUGUUAAUUCUUUUGUUAAAAUUAUUUUUAAAAUUAUUUAAAAUUGUUUUUGUCGAUUGUCAAGGUUAACAGAGGCUUAUAGGAAAUGAUAUGCAACAGACAAUGAGUCUGUCUGUGAAUGGUAGAGUAGACGAGAAGGCGUCCAACAAUGAAAUGUGACUGUAACCUCAGUCAAUAGUAUGAUAACUACGUCAAUUGAAUUAGACGACAAUUACCACAAUGUUCAUUGGUAGUAGUCUCAUUAUUCUGCAUCAAAUAUCACAGUAUUUCUUAUGUGGCUCAUUAUUAAAAUUACCUAGACCUUGGCCGUGACUUUUUUAUUAUCACUUGUAGUGUUGACUUGACGGGAAAAAAAGAUUUCAUACUGUUAAACUUUUACUCA